UAAAAAUAGGCUCUUGGAUGCCAGUCGGGGUGGCUGGGUGUGCGGCUGCCACACGUCCCACGGACCAGCACCUCCUGACUUGGCCAGGACCCGGUGCGCACAGCUGCAGAAAGGAAAGAAAAUCCCUUGGCUCCAAAAAUGACAUCCAGAGAACCGAAGACAAGCCUCAAGAAUGCUUACCCGUCCGCCAAGAAGCUGCUGCCGAAGGUGGAGGAGGAGGGGGAGGCUGAGGAUUACUGGACCCCCGGAGCCUUCGAGCUGGAGCGUCUCUUCUGGAAGGGCGGUCCCCAGUACACGCAUGUCAACGAGGUCUGGCCCAAGCUCUACAUCGGCGAUGAGGCGACGGCGCUGGACCGCUACAGGCUGCAGAAGGCAGGUUUCACGCACGUGCUGAACGCGGCCCACGGCAGCUGGAACGUAGACACCGGGCCCGACUACUACCGCGACAUGGCCAUCGAGUACCACGGCGUCGAGGCCGAUGACCUGCCCACCUUCGACCUCAGCGUCUUCUUCUACCCAGCGGCCGCUUUCAUUGAUGCUGCGCUCCGCUACGAUCACAAUAAGAUCCUGGUUCACUGCGCCAUGGGCCGCAGCCGGUCGGCGACUCUCGUCCUGGCCUACCUGAUGAUCCACAGGAACAUGACCCUGGUGGACGCCAUCCAACAAGUGGCCAAGAACCGCUGUGUCCUACCCAACCGGGGCUUUCUGAAGCAGCUCCGGGAACUGGACCAGCAACUGGUGCAGCAGAGGCGACAGGCCCGGCACGGCGGGGACGGUGAGAAGGCUGGUGAGAAGGAGCUGUAAGGCCCCCUCACGGGGUGCGCAGGAUACUCGGGAAUGACGGGGGAAGGCUGAAAAUAGCUCUGGCCUGUGACUUCGUCACAGAGAAGGGACGUGAAACCAAAGCUUGACUCCUUCGAAACAAUCUUAAACUUCCCAGGGGCUGGUGAACAGAGCGGGUAAUUCAUAGUGGCCUCCGGUAGGAGGCCAGCACUUGGCUUCACAGCAAAAUGGGGCAGACGGGCUUCCCAGCGGAACUGGCUGCAAGUGAGCACGCAUGCGCCGUUUUUUUUUUUUUUUUUUUUUUGGUAAGAUGGAUGCGGAAAAGGAUUUAAAGAUGUGUAGACAUUGUGCUGUGAUUAAAUAUUUGGCUUUGUC